AUGGGAGAUACUGCGAGAUAUGCAAUACCUCUCUAUCAAGCUUGUUUUGAGUCUGGAGUUAAGAGUCUGCCUACAGAGACCUUGGACGGAGUGUUACACAAAGUGGCACAGCACGACUGCUAUGUUGGACCCGUGUACCUCGAUGUAAUCCUAGGAAUGCCAACAGUGCCUCUAUGGAAGGCACACAUCGCAGUAGAAGACGGUCGCGAGCAUGCAUCCUGUCGAAGUGACUGUGUGACUUGCGUAGUACCAAGGGCUUUGGUUGCUCGUUCAGCUGAGGAAAAGCAGAAUUGGAACACAUUAAAGGGAAGUUCGUGGAUAAUUCAGGGAUCGACGAGCGUCUCUGGGCAUAAAACGUUAUUAGUGACGCGUGUGCGUUUGCGAGAAGCGUCAAACAAGAGUACUGUGAAGUCGAAGGAUUUGGUGCCUCAUCUUGGCGGAUUGUUUCAACAACACACACGAACGGCGCCCUCGCCAUUUGACACUACAGGGGCUUUCUAGCAAAUCCCCAUUUACCCUAAUGGCAACUACAAAACGGCGUUCCGCAAUUUCACCCGCAAACUUGAGUACACCUGCAUGCCAUUUGGGGUUGUUAGUGCCCCAGUUGAACUGCAGCGUUCUCCGGAUCCUGCGUUGCUCAAUUCUGAGAAUCAUUUUUCUCUAAUAACAGAUACUAGUGACGGAGAAGUAAAUGCUUUAUCCCACAACAGUUUACGGCUUAUUCAGGACCCAAAACAUGGCUUGUGA